AAAUCAAUCGAUUUCAGAUUUCAGAUUUCAGACAGCUGAUUCUCUUUGUAGAACAGCUUUGAGCCUUCUCACCGAUUCUUCGACAUUCAUUGAACACACUAAGCCUUCUCACGCCACUGUUGAUCGAAGAUUGGUUGCUCAACUUGCUCUUCGACAUUCACGAACAGAGAGUCUCAGAGACUCAGACACGGUCAAUUGCGAACACAUCAAGCCUUCUCAAAUUCAACAGUUUGGUUCGGUUAGGUCUGGAAAAAUGUUUUUCCACAUAGUAUUGGAGCGAAACAUGCAACUCCAUCCUCGCCACUUUGGCCGCGACCUCCGAGAAAAACUUGUCGCCAAACUCAUGAAGGAUGUGGAGGGCACUUGCAGCGGUCGACACGGAUUUGUGGUCGCGAUUACCGGGAUUGAGAAUGUUGGCAAAGGGCGUAUCCGAGACGGCACUGGGUUCGUGACCUUCCCUGUGAAGUACCAGUGCGUUGUAUUUCGACCCUUUAAAGGGGAGAUCUUAGAAGCUGUUGUUACUAUGGUCAAUAAGAUGGGAUUUUUUGCUGAAGCCGGGCCUGUCCAAAUAUUUGUGUCCAAUCAUUUAAUACCAGAUGAUAUGGAGUUCCAAUCCGGAGAUAUGCCUAACUACACGACUUCUGACGGAUCAGUUAAGAUUCAAAAGGAUAGUGAAGUUCGAUUAAAGAUUAUUGGAACUCGAGUGGAUGCUACAGAAAUUUUCUGUAUUGGUACCAUAAAAGAUGAUUUCCUGGGUGUGAUCAGUGACCCUGGCUCAACUUCAUAAUGGAAUUGUUGGUGUUUAUCACAUCAAACCGCACCAUCCCAUAGUACGCAAUGGGCAUGCCUAACUUGCUUAAUUUUGUUUCAGAAAUUCCUAGUGUUGGUGGUGCUGCAUUCAAUAUCGUGCGACUGAUAUAAGAGUAUACUGUUAUGUGUUGUGUAAAAAGAUUGCUCUGAUGUUCCCGGCUAGGUAAAAGGAAAGCUGUUGGCUGUGUCUGGUUGCAGCCCAUUUUGUAUGAAGUUGAGCUAUUCAUGCUGUGAAAUGGUUUGUUGUCAAAUAUCACGAUUGACAUAGAUUCUAAUGAAUCCUGAGCCAAUAUAUAUAUAUAUAUAUAUCUUUCUUGGCCCUGCAUAA